AUGUCCACCCAAGAAGCUCACCCCGCCCUCCUCAUCCCGGGCCCCAUUGAGUUCGACGAUGCUGUCCUGCAGGCUAUGAGCCACUACAGUGAAUCCCAUGUUGGUGCACAAUUCGUCUCAGUCUUCGGCGAGACCCUCACCAUGCUCCGCAAGCUCUUCCAGAACACCGACCCUGCAGCUCAGCCGUUUGUCAUCUCCGGCUCUGGGACGCUUGGUUGGGACCAGGUCGCGGCGAAUUUGGCGGAGCCGGGUGAUGACGUCUUGGUACUCCACACCGGCUACUUUGCCGAUUCCUUUGCGGACUGCUUCGAGACGUAUGGCGCCAAGCCCACCCAGCUGAAGGCCGCCAUUGGUGACAGACCUCAGCUGGACGAGAUCAAGAAGGCGCUGAAGGAGAAGAAGUACAAGAUCAUCACCGUGACCCAUGUCGACACCUCGACUGGUGUACUUAGCGAGAUCAAGGGUCUCUCUGAGCUGGUUCAUAGUGUUAGCCCAGACACCUUGGUUGUUGUUGAUGGCGUGUGCAGUGUUGGCUGUGAGGAGAUCCGUUUCGACGACUGGGGCAUCGAUGUUGUCCUCACCGCUAGCCAAAAGGCCAUUGGCUGCCCUGCUGGUCUCAGCAUUGUCAUGGCUUCCGGCCGUGCGAUUGAGACUUUCAAAAACAGAAAGACCAGGCCUGCUUCCUACUUUGGCUCGUGGAAGAACUGGCUCCCUAUCAUGCAAAACUACGAAGCACAGAAGGCUUCCUAUUUUGCGACUCCUUCGCCGCAACUCGUCCGUGCCCUUCACACCUCACUCACACAGAUUCUCUCGUCGCCUCUAGAGGAGCGUUUUGCUCGCCACCGCGACGUGUCCAAAAAGAUCAAGGACACAGUCACUUCUUUGGGACUGAAGCAGCUGGCCUCCAAGCCAGAAAACCAAGCCAAUGGCAUGACUGCCAUCUACCUGCCGGAAGGCGUCGCUGCGCCGCAGAUCUUGCCCAACCUAUUGAAAAAGGGCGUCAUCUUUGCCGGUGGUCUUCACAAGGAGAUUGCGACUAAGUAUGUCCGCUUCGGGCACAUGGGAGUCAGUGUCACAGAUCCCAACAGAACUGACAUUGACCGUGCUCUUGAUGCGCUCAAGGAGGGUCUGGCUGAAGUUGGCUACAAGGCAUAG